AUGAGUCAGUUCAAAAUCAAAGUACCAGCCUCGCUGGCCAAUAUUGGACCUGGUUUUGAUGUUUUGGGUAUUGGUUUACAGUUGUACCUCGAACUAGAGGUAUCUAUACGUCCAGAAGUCGACACUUCCUCGGAUCCAUACAACGUCAAACUCAGUUAUGAAGGUGAUGGUGCCGAAAAUGUACCACUCAACUCGGGAAAAAAUCUUGUUACACAGACUGCCUUGUACAUAAUGCGCUGUAACAACAUUGAGAAGUUUCCAAAUGGUACUCAUCUCCAUGUAAUCAACCCCAUUCCGUUGGGCCGUGGGUUGGGGUCUUCGGGAGCAGCCAUAGUAGGUGGAAUAAUGCUUGGAAAUGAAGUUGGAAAGCUAGGAUUCACCAAGGAGCGAAUGUUGGACUACUGCUUGCUCAUCGAGAGGCACCCAGAUAACAUAGCUGCUGCGAUGCUUGGAGGAUUUGUUGGUUCGUAUCUCAACGAAUUGAGCGAAGAAGAAACUAAAGCAAAGAGCGUUGCAUUAGAAAGAAUUCUUCCCAAAUUUGGAGUCACCCCAGCUGACCAAUACAUCCGUACGCCUCCACCAAAUCAAAUCGGCCAGUAUUUGCAAUACCAAUGGUGUCGUAAAAUCAAGUGUAUUACCAUCAUUCCCGACUUUGAGGUUUCCACCGACACCGCACGGGAGGUGUUGCCUAAAUCAUACGAAAAGCAAGAUAUCGUAUUCAAUCUUCAAAGAUUGGCGGUUUUGACCACAGCAUUGACUCAGUCUGAACCUAACCACAAACUUAUAUACGAGGCCAUGAAAGACAAGCUCCAUCAGCCCUACAGAUCUGGCUUAAUUCCCGGCUUGCAACAAGUUUUGGCCAGUGUUACUCCGGAAUCUGAUCCCGGUUUGUGUGGUAUAUGUCUUUCUGGUGCCGGUCCUACCAUAUUGUGUUUGGCUACCGAGGGAUUCGAUGCUAUUGCCGACAAGGUGAUCAGAAUUUUUAAAGACGCAAAUGUUACAUGUUCAUGGAAAUUGUUAGAUUUGGCAUACGAUGGUGCUACAGUGGAGUAG